GUAAAAUACAAAAGCGGAUAAUUAUUUGCCUUUACACCGUUAAGUUUCUCGUACGAAAUUCACUUCCUGCGGUUGAGUUCAUCUCGUCAUGUCUUCGUUGGUUGUGGAGGUUGUCCAGGCCGAAAUUGGAGCUUCCGUCCCUUGGCCUGAUGAUGCAGCCCUUUACCAACCUUAUGAAAAGGAGCAGAUAUUGCUGACUGAUUCUGCUAACUGUCUGAGUGUGAAGACAUUUCUAAAAAUGUGUGGGUUGAAUUUUAACCUAGAACUGCGUGUCAAUGCUGAGGAAAUGUCUCCUUCCGGUAAAAUACCAUUUAUCAAAGUAGGACCAUUCCUGAUCUCUGAAAUGGACCCAAUUAUUGCAUUCGUUAACACCAAGGGGUUCCACAUCAGCAAUCAUUUAUCUGACUCUCAACAAUCUGAAAUGAGAGCUUACAUGGCCCUCGUGGAGAGCAUUCUUAUUAAUGCUGAGCUGUAUUUAUCAUGGUGCCAUGAAGAUGUAUAUUACGAAAUUACUAAACCUCGUUAUGGAGCUUGUUAUCCUUGGCCCCUUAAUAUGAUAUUACCUUUGAAAAAGUUCACAGAGAUUAAAAAUCGGUUAACUAGCAUUGGUUGGUUUAACAAAUCCUUUGAGGAGGUGUGCGAACAGAUAAAGACUUGUUGUCAGGUUUUGUCUGAAAGACUUGGAAAUCAAACAUACUUUUUUGGAGACAAACCAACAGAACUGGAUGCUCUGGUGUUUGGCCACCUCUUUACUCUACUCACCACAAACUUACCUGUUGAUCAAUUUGCUCUGGUCAUUCAGAAAUAUGACAAUUUGGUUGAAUUCUGUAAUAAUAUUCAAGCAACGUAUUACAAGUGAAAUAACUGGAGUUUGAACCAGCAGACUUACUUGUUUAGCUGUUGAUUUUUUUGUUGAGAUAGUCUGUAUUUGAAAAUAGACCUGUAGGUUGUUUCUAGUUCUGUCACAAAGAAUUAACUGAAUCCAGGUUUUCUCUUAUAAAUGUUGGACAGAGGAUAAGAUCUACGCUUGUAGAUACGUCAGUUGGUGGAUGCUGUUAAAUCUGCAUUCAUUGAGACAACAGGUCUUUUAGUGAGUUCCAUUUUAAACUGCUGAGAAGUGAGUUUCUCUUGUAAAUCUGUGAACUCCAAGAUUGGGGUCUGAGGAGAGUUUAGGAUUGUUAGUUGAAUUUGGAAAAGAAAUAGAAAUCAUUUCUGUUUUUUAUAACUAACAAACCCUUGCAUAAUUUAUUUUAAGGACAUUUAGUUAUCUUUUAACAGUUUCAUAAAAUAUUUUUUUUUGUUUUCAAUUUUGAUAUUUUGACGUUACUGAAUUCACUUUUGGGUCAAUACAACAGGGUAAUUUAUGAUUGUAUUGAAUGAUAAAGGAGCCCGUUGGAUUUCUCUUUGUUACCCCAAAAUCUGCAGAAGUUGUUUAUAAAUACAUUUAUAGAGAAAAAAAAGCAUUAAAAGAACAAUUGUCUUUUA